GGCUUCCGGGUCAACAUGGCGGCCGUGUGGCUGCUGCUGCGCGCUCUCCGCCCGGGUCCGGGACCGGGUCCGGGACCGGGUCUGGGGCGGCUGCGGUGCCCCUACUCAGGCUGGAGCCCAGACUGCUCCUCCGGGGCCAAGUGGAGGUGGCCGUAUGUCGUCCACAGGCCUCCGAUGGGCCUCGUCGGGCCUGGAGGCCGAGCUCUGCAGAGUUUCCAGUUGCGACUGCUAACCCCUGCCUUUGAAGGAAUCAGCAGAUUGUUGGUGAAACAGCACAUUGUACAGAAUCCAGUCGGACUCUGGAAACUUCUAGGAGGCACUUACUAUUUUAACACUUCAAGGAGGAAGCAGAAGACCAAGGACAAUGAUAAAGCCAAGGGGCGGAGCCCUGAGGAUGACGAAGAGGAGCGCCGGCGCCGGGAGCGCGAGGACCAGAUGUACCGAGAGCGGCUGCGCACUCUCUUCGUCAUCGCAGUGAUCAUGAGUCUGCUCAAUGCGCUGGGCUCCAGCGGAGGCAACAUCUCCUGGAAUGACUUCGUGCACGAGAUGCUGGCCAAGGGCGAGGUGCAGCGGGUGCAGGUGGUGCCCGAGAGCGACGUGGUGGAGGUGUACCUGCAUCCCGGUGCCGUGGUGUUCGGGCGGCCUCGGCUGGCGCUGAUGUACCGAAUGCAGGUGGCAAAUAUCGACAAAUUUGAAGAGAAGCUUCGAGCAGCCGAGGAUGAGCUGAAUAUCGAAGGCAAGGACAGGAUUCCAGUUUCCUACAAGCGGACAGGAUUCUUUGGAAAUGCCCUCUACGCCCUGGGGAUGACGGCCGUGGGCCUGGCCAUCCUGUGGUAUGUUUUCCGUCUGGCUGGGAUGACAGGACGGGAAGGUGGAUUCAGUGCUUUUAAUCAGCUGAAAAUGGCUCGUUUCACAAUUGUGGAUGGCAAGAUGGGGAAAGGAGUCAGCUUCAAAGACGUGGCAGGAAUGCAUGAGGCCAAGUUGGAGGUCAAGGAGUUCGUGGAUUAUUUGAAGAGCCCAGAGCGCUUCCUUCAGCUUGGUGCCAAGGUCCCGAAGGGCGCGCUGCUGCUCGGCCCCCCUGGCUGCGGGAAGACGCUGCUAGCCAAGGCAGUGGCCACGGAGGCCCAGGUGCCCUUCCUGGCGAUGGCUGGCCCGGAAUUCGUGGAGGUCAUUGGAGGCCUCGGUGCAGCCCGUGUGCGGAGCCUCUUCAAGGAAGCCCGGGCCCGGGCCCCCUGCAUCGUGUACAUCGACGAGAUCGAUGCCGUGGGCAAGAAGCGUUCCACCGCCGUGUCCGGCUUCUCCAACACAGAGGAGGAGCAGACACUCAACCAGCUGCUGGUGGAGAUGGACGGAAUGGGUACCACCGACCACGUCAUCGUCCUGGCAGCCACCAACCGGGCUGACAUUUUGGACAAUGCUCUGCUGAGGCCGGGCCGACUGGACCGGCAUGUUUUCAUCGACCUUCCCACGCUGCAGGAACGGAAGGAGAUCUUUGAGCAGCACCUGAAGAGCCUGAAGCUGACGCGAGCCAGCAGCUUUUACUCCCAGCGGCUGGCAGAGCUGACGCCUGGCUUCAGUGGUGCUGACAUCGCCAACAUCUGUAACGAGGCCGCGCUGCACGCGGCGCGGGAGGGGCACACGGCUGUGCACACGUCCAACCUGGACUACGCUGUGGAGCGCGUCGUGGCCGGGACUGCCAAGAAGAGCAAGGUCCUGUCCAAGGAAGAGCAGAAGGUGGUUGCGUUCCACGAGUCGGGCCACGCCCUGGUGGGCUGGCUGCUGGAGCACACGGAGGCUGUGAUGAAGGUGUCCAUCACUCCUCGGACCAAUGCGGCCCUGGGCUUCGCUCAGAUGCUCCCGAGAGACCAGCACCUCUUCACCAGGGAGCAGCUAUUCGAGCGCAUGUGCAUGGCCCUGGGCGGCCGCGCGUCCGAGUCCAUCUCUUUCAACAGGGUCACUUCCGGGGCACAGGACGACCUGCGGAAGGUCACCCGCAUCGCCUACUCCAUGGUGAAGCAGUUUGGGAUGGCGCCCAGCAUUGGGCCUGUCUCCUUCCCUGAGGCCCAAGAGGGUGUCACAGGCAUCGGACGGCGUCCGUUCAGCCAGGGCCUCCAGCAGAUGAUGGACCACGAAGCGAGGCUGCUGGUGGCCACUGCCUAUAGGCACACGGAACAGGUGCUCCGGGACAACAUGGACAAGCUCCAGGCGCUGGCGAGCGCCCUAUUGGAAAAGGAAGUGAUCAACUACGAGGACAUCGAGGCCCUCAUCGGCCCGCCACCCCACGGGCCCAAGAAAAGGAUUGCACCGCAGAAGUGGAGCGACGCCCAGAGGGAGAAGCAGGACUCAGGGGAGGAGGAAGGGGCCUAGCAGCUGCCCCUGCUCUGGGAGGAGCCAUCCUGGCCCCAGUAGGUGCCCCACCCACGCCUCCAUGCUGGUGCUAGCUGGGGGUGCUGGGCAUGCAGUCCUCACCUCUCACUAGUCAAGGCCCCCCAAGAUCUAUUUAUUGACUUCCUUGCCUGGAGGAAUAAAUCUCUGCCGAGAUGGAUGGUUCAUCUGUGUGUGUGGGUUGUCCUCGUGUGGAAAGGCCACCUGUGCUCAUCACAGGUGCGCGUGGAGUGGCCCCGUCUUGCGAGGGAUCUGGACAGUUUCAUGGUUUGAGGCUCCUCCUGGCCCCUGAGACCUGGUCAGGAUACCCCCAGCUCUGCACACGAAGGGCCUCUGAGGCCUUUGCUGCCUAUCCUCUGUGGGGCCCUGUCCUGGGCUCGCUGGUCAGCGGUCAGUCAGGGGCAGGCGCUGGGCCUGGAGGAGUAAGGCAUGGCCACCUCCUGCAGUGUGGACGCGGGCCCCUGGGGGGUGGGGAGGGAAGCCUGUGCUCCUGCGUGGUCAGCUCUGCCCUGAUGGCGUCCUGGAUCAGGGAUCCCACGUCUGCAGGGUGAGAGGUCAGCUGUGCAGGAACUAGCUCCCUUAAGACUGAGCAGCUGCGGGGGGAACAGAUGGACGAGGUGCACUCGGGGCCCUGAGUCCCCUGUGACACGACGUGCUGCUUGUUACUUCCCCUUCUGUGCGCAGCACCUGGAGCCGUCCCCACGCCCAGUGCCCCAGAGAAGCACGGGCAGGGCAGGUGCGGGUGCCUACCCGAGGAGGGGCCCUGGGGGGACACCUUGCCUCUGCCCCGUCCUGUUUCAUUCCUGAAGACAGCCUGGAGUUAGGAGGGUGGGGCCCCUCUGUGACCUCACUGGGACGUGGCCGAGCUCACCUCCUUGUACUUUACCAUUAAAACGGCCAGUGUCUGGUGACACUUAGCCAGGAAUAGGCUGUUAAGUGGGGUGAAGAGGGGCACCUCACUGUAGUGGAGGAAGUGCAGCCUGCCUUCCCAGGGCUUGCCAGGGAUCGGGCUCAUGGGAACCCAGCAAGGGGAGGCCGAUGGGACAGUGCUCUGAUGUACUGAAAUGAGUUGUCACAGGUGAUGUCACCUCCUGGUCCUUGAGACACAGCACUCGGGGAGAGCCCUGGGAGUGGGGCCUCAGCCACCUCUGCUACUCCUCACGCCUCCCUAACGGGCUCCUGGGGGUGAAGAGGUUCUCCCACAGCAGCUCAUGGCUGUCAGAGCAGCCAGACCACUGGGCAACCUCUGCCCAGCAGAGCGGAUAUGGCGUGGCCUGACUGCAGUUUCUGGAACUGUCUCAGGUGUGUGAGGGCUCCUUGCUGAGACAGACAUUAAGUGAACAUAUAUUUAACACAUCAAAGCCCAGAAGACAAAGAAUAUUGGAAAAAUUAACUUAAAGAGUUCACACAUCAUAAUGCAAGUUGUUUUCCAAUCUGAUCUAUGCUCAAAUAAAUACAAUUUUUUUGUUA